GAUUAAUUAGAAUGAGAUCUAAGGACUAAGGAGUAAAGGACAGAGAAUGAGAGCAAAGGUUAGCAAUGGCAUUCCCCACAGAAAAAGUGGUGGGAAAAAAAAAAGUUCUUUUUGUACACACUGCGAAUGAUGGUGAUGAUGAUGCUUACAAUCGAACAAAGCAACAGCAAUAUCAUCAAUCAGUUCAAUUCCCUCUCAUCCCCCUUUCUUUCCUUUUCUCUCUCUCCCCUUUCUUCAUAGUCUUUUUGGGCUCCUUCCUGCAGUUUUUAUUCUUUCUUGGUUCUCUUCCUCUUUAUUCUUCCUUCCCAUAUAUGGGCAUGCUGAUUGUUUUCUUGUUUUUAUUCUUUUAUGAUCUCAAAAACCAAAUUGUUUUCUAUUGAGCCCAUGAAAUGCUAAGGCAGUAAAAAGAAUUGGAAAAAGGUGGCCUUAUGGAGAGGAAGUGUGGGUGUUGGUCUGUUUUGAGAAGGAAUGUUAGAGGUUCUUGCAAGUCUUCUGAUUCCAAAAAUUCUGUUAGUACAAUCCCAAGAACCAGUCUUGUUUAUGAUGCAGCUACAGAGACGAGAUACCUGAAUGCGAGUAACCGCGAGAUGUGUGCUCCAGAUGAACCGAAGAACUCUUCUGAUAUUCCAGGUCCUGAUCCUCCGCCUUCAGAGAGUAAACCGCCCCGACAGCUGCUUCAGUUUAGUUUCCAAGAGUUAAAAGCUGCAACUGGAAAUUUUAGGCCAGAUAGUAUUCUUGGGGAGGGCGGGUUCGGGUUUGUGUUCAAGGGAUGGAUAGAGGAGAAUGGGACAGCUCCAGCCAAACCUGGUUCUGGGGUCACAGUUGCAGUCAAAAGUCUGAAGCCUGAUGGACUUCAAGGCCACAGAGAAUGGGUGGCUGAGGUAGACUUCCUUGGACAGCUUCAUCAUCCUAAUCUAGUUAAACUAAUUGGAUACUGCAUAGAAGAUGAUCAGAGGAUGCUUGUCUAUGAAUUUAUGACACGGGGAAGCCUCGAAAAUCAUCUUUUCAGAAGGACUAUACCCCUACCAUGGUCCAACCGGAUAAAGAUCGCCCUUGGUGCAGCAAAAGGAUUAGCCUUUCUCCAUGGAGGUCCUGAGCCUGUCAUUUACAGAGAUUUCAAAACUUCCAAUAUUUUGCUCGACUUGGAAUACAAUGCAAAGCUUUCAGAUUUCGGUCUGGCGAAGGCUGGUCCUCAAGGAGACAAAACACAUGUUUCUACAAGGGUUGUAGGAACAUAUGGUUAUGCUGCACCUGAGUAUGUGAUGACAGGACAUCUGACAUCAAGGAGCGAUGUUUACAGCUUUGGUGUCGUCCUCUUGGAGAUUUUGACUGGUCGAAGGUCUGUGGAUAAAAAGCGUCCCAGCGGAGAGCAAAAUCUGGUGACAUGGGCUAGGCCAUAUUUAGCUGACAAGCGAAAAGUGUACCAACUUGUGGAUCCCCGUCUGGAACUAAAUUACUCGAUUAAAGGAGUUCAGAAGGUCUCUCAGCUAGCAUACAACUGCCUGAGCAGGGAUCCUAAAUCCCGUCCAUCAAUGGAUGAAGUAGUCAAAGUUCUAACUCCACUUCAAGAUCUCAAUGAUCUUGCAAUACUAUCUUAUCACUCGCGUUUUUCUCAACCAGGAAGGCGAAAGAAGAAAAAUGAUUCUGGAUCAAUUCACCAGCUGAUCCAUCAUAAUCAGGCGAAGAAUGUUAGAGAAUCUCCAUUGAAUUCUGGCAAGCAGCUGUGUAAAUAACGGUAGGUCUUCAGCUAGCUGGCAUGCAUGGCUCAAUCGAAAGCGAUGAACUAUAAUUAAGCUUCUAACAUAAAUGUAUGUUGAGGCCAUUGUAGUAUAAAGUUGACGAGAUUUGGUGAUGUUUUUUUCUGGCCUAAUUAUAUAUGUAGCAGUUGAUAUGGUUCUGUUUGCCCUUCUGCAAUUUUCUUUUUCUGUCCCUUUCUGCAUUUUCUCAAAUAUUUAUUAUAGUUACACUUAGUAUAGAGAUCUAACAGUUGAUAGCAGAAUGUAGUCUAGUUUGUGUGUGAUCUCUUGAGUUGGAAAGUUCCCACAUUACUUUGCCAGAAGAUUUGCGCUUCUUGGAUUGAUGUUUGCAGCAUUUUUAAGUCCUGGUAUUGCUUUUAGCUUUUCCAGCCAGUGUGUUUGAACUCUAUGAUUCGUGUGUUUUGUAUGAAUGAUUUCGAACUCAGAAUUAGUACUCUCUGCCUGAUUUUGAUCAAAACUCAAUCGAGCUACGUGCGUAAUUAAACACAAAAAGUAAAUAUAGACCUCUGAAUUACAGAACCACUAAUUUUGUAAUUGUCAGUUCGCAU